UUUAACUCCAGGAAACAUCAGCUCCAUAUGAUAAGCUCCAGGCGGAGACGCGUGAAGAUCACAAAGUGGCAGAAGAAGACAGAGCAGUGGUGGACAUCAAGGAGAGCAGCUUCAGUGCGAGGUUAAAGACUCCCAUCUAGGAUCAUCAUGAAUUUCCUCCUUCACUUUGGUCUUCUCAAUGUCAUUGUAGUCUGUAAAGUCUUCUCUGCACCUUCUUGUUCCACAGAGAAGAACUUAAUUAAAGACAAAGAAGAAACUUCUUGUAUAAAUCUUGGCUUGUCCAUCCUCCCACUGAAUGACAUCCCUAAGAACACCGCCAUCCUCAUCCUGUCCUCCAACAACUUCAAGUCACUCUCCACCUCCAGCUUCAAUGGUCUCAAAAAACUGACGCAGUUGGAUGCAAGUGAUAAUGGGAUGACAAGUUUUGAAAUAGACUUAGCACUGAACUUAGAAGAACUUAAUCUGGCCAAUAAUACACUGAAGACGCUACCAAUGGUGUCUCAGCUACCAGGACUAACUACGUUGCAACUAUCCAACAACCACAUCACCACUAUUCCAGAAAAAGCCUUCAUGGGCUUGAAGAAACUCGACAGUUUGGAGCUUCAGCACAACUACAUUGACUCAUUAGACGAACAGGUAUUUGAAGGUUUGCAGUCACUUAAGCAUCUGGAUUUGUCAUACAAUCAGUUGUUGCUUCUUCCUGAUCGUCUUCUAGCUGGACUUGAGAAUCUAGGAAAGCUUUACUUAUCGUGGAACCGUCUUACACAUAUUCCUAAUGACUUCUUUACGGAUGUGGGACUGGAAUACGUGUAUCUGGAUAAUAAUCCCUGGAAUUGUAACUGUGCACUUAAUUACUUUAAGAUUUGGUUGAAGGAUAAUGAAGACAUAGUCUACAAAGCCUCCAAAGCUGGUCCAACAAUGAAUCCAAAAAGCGUGAUCUGCUCUCAUGGGCCCCCACUGAUCGAUUACGACAUGAACCAUUGUAAUGUGAAAGGAGAUGUGGACAUCAACUCAGUUCCUAUAUAUACACAGAGUUCUGUCACCAUAUGGACAAACACACCAUUGCUAACCACCAAGCAUUUGCUUAGCGAUAAACCAACAACAGAGCUAAGAGUUACAAAAUGGUGGCCAACAUCAACACCUACUGAAGUUGGUAUUGAUUCAUUGCCAGUUACAGAAGCAACCACCACAUUAAGAACCACAAAACCAACUACAAAAGAAACCACCACGUUAAGAACCACAAUACCAACAACAGAAGCAGCCACCACAUUAAGAACCACAACACCAACUACAGAAGCAACCACCACAUUAAGAACCACAACACCAACUACAAAAGAAACCACCACGUUAAGAACCACAACACCAACUACAAAUCCAAUCACCUUCAUAUCCACAAGCACAACCAGGUAUUUUAAGUCAAGCCCAAAAACCAGAGUAAAGUCAACCUCAACACCUUACCCAAUAACAUUGAUGAUGGUCACUACCAAGGUUGAGAUUACCACCGAUAUUGCAAGCACGAGCAAAGAGCCCACAAGUGAAGAGAGUGUGAAAGUGUCUACAGUGAGUACUACCGAGGAACCCACCGAAAUCCCAAUCAACACAAUGCUUCCAGCCAGAAGUUUACGGCCGGCAGCUUUUGGCAUGGAUUGGUUGGUGAUGGUAAUCCUUAAGCACUGUUGUCUUCUCCAUGUGAUUAUCUAUGGUUUGUGUAUUUUCCUCCUCCUAGUGGGGAUCAUCAUCACAACGAUGUGUUUGCUGUGGAUCUACUGCUGUAAUCAGGACUUCCACCAAUGGCCUCCAGGAAUAAGGCUCAUCCGAUACAGUAUUAGGGUUCCCAUGAGCGAUGAAGAUAUCUUACUCGUGAACAAUGGUGCCAUUGAAUCCCACUUCAGAGACCAGUCUUUGGCCGGUGUCACUAAGAUGUUGGUUCUAGAGUCUGACCCUCAACAACAGGAGAUAAGAUACACCUCAGCUAUUCUGUAAUAUAAAAGAGGGUGGGUGAUGUGAUGAUUAACAGCGAUAUGGAUGACUCCCAAUUUGAUAGGUUACAGCCCUGGUUUUGUUUGUUUGACCCCCAGGUGACAAUUUUGGACUAUAUUGAAUAAAAAGUAACACAAGUGA